AUGUUUCGUCCAUACCCAUCAGUUAAAACAUUAUUGCUUCCCUUUGACACAUCGGUUGUGGACCGCAUCUUCCUUACUAUGGAUUGUCAACAAGUCGAAUUUUCUUUCGAUCACGGAGAUGGACUUUGUACUUUCUUAACAACGUCAGACAAAAGACUGUCAACGGAUGUGGAACUGCUAAACGUUGAGGGACUGAGCGCUGAUCUUUCUCAACUUCUUUGCCAACCCGAUUUGUGUGAUAUUCGCUUUCUCAUUGGACCACACAAGGUACCCGUGUAUGCUGUCAGUUCCAUCUUGGCCGCUCGAAGCAGUUUCUUUAGGAAACUCUUUAACACCAAGUCCACAUGCACAACACUGCCCGCAAAUGCCGAAGACGUUGUAAGAAAGAAGAACCCACUUUCGGCAAUCGCCAAGGUCUUCAAGCGAAAAUCGAGAACGCUUAACGUGAAAAUUGAAGAGAAAGUGAGAGAAGAAAGCUGGCAAGUGGAACUUCCUGACGUCGAGGAAGGUGUUUUCCGCAGUGUUCUAGAUUAUAUCUACAGUGGAAAUGUGCUAGUAAAUGUUUACAACGUGGUUGGGGUCAUGAAGGCGGCCCACGAGUACGCUUUACCAGAGUUAUGCGCCGCGUGUUUCAUCUACGCUAAAAGGAACAUCACCCACACGUCAGCUCUGCCUCUGCUCUCAGCAACAUGUACAUAUGGUCAGCUAUCAUUAAACGAAAGACUCCAAGGCAUCAUCUUAAAAUACAUAGCUGAAAAUGCAGAAACAAUCUUGACUCAGACAGCAUUUGACUACCUCUCCAGACAAGAGGUUGAUCUGAUUUUCCGCCAGUACAAUAUUCAGGCUUCGGAAGAAACCAAGUUGGAAGCCAUUCUCAGGUGGAGUCACAAGUUCAGCGGCGAUGCGGGAUACAUGUACCUUCGAAAAACACUUAAACUUUUUAUCCGUCGUGUUAACAUGCUGAAAAUAUCCAAAAGUACAUUGCAAAAUGUUAUAAAACCUUUGUGUCUUUUUCCUGACGAAGUUAUACCUAAAAAAGCUGUAUAG